AUGGAUUCUGCAGAGAUGGUCACCCCUACUUUGAAGCGUAUAUUGCUGCCGAUAGCUGAGAGUCCAAGAGAAAAGAAAUGCAGAAGUACGGGACAAAAUGCAGUGGCUUCAUCUUCAGUCGUGGUUGACCUUGUGGCUGAUGAUGUGACCGUGAAUCAGAAGGGUCUGGCCUUGCCUGCUGAUGUCGUUGUUCCUGCACCUUCACAGAGCAAACUCGUGGCCAUUUGUGGCAGGCUGAUUCCUGAACACUACCUCUCAGACGCACAGCACAAUUUUGACUGUGACUGUCCUCUUUGCAUAGAUGGACAGGAAAUUCGAGACAAGGAGCUUGGAGGGCUCUUCUCAGCUUUGCCCAUUGUCCUAGAUGAGGAUGAGUCCAAAGAGAAAGAGCGCAACGCUUGUCUUGAGAAAAUCAGGAAGUCCAUUGCAUCUAGGUUCAUGGAGAUUGAAGAUGCUCGGGCUAUGGACAAGGAGAAGCGUGAUGCUCUCUUUGAAGGCUUCGAGACUCAUGUAGCAAGGCUGAAGGAGAUUCAUGGUCGGGAUCUUGAAUUUGCUCCGUGGCCAGCCUUAUCGCCGCAAUGUCUGAAAUUGGAGACCACGGAUGACAAUGUACCUGCCAAGCGGAAGGGGUCAAAUGCCAGUCUGAAGUCCACAAGUUCCACAGAGAAGUCUGACAUUGCUCCCCAUGAAUUCUUCUACCUAUGCAAAGACAGCACUGUUUGGACAGUUGUCCAGGUUGGAGUCUUGAAAGGGAAGGCAGUGGAGGAUCCACAUCAGGGUUAUCGCAACUACCUGGCCACCAAUGAAUGGUGGACAUUUAAGACAGCGUUCAGCCAGUGGUACACCAAGAACUGGUUUGAGAAGAAGAUUCCAAGACACUUUGGAGAUGACCUGUCUUUAAUCCUGGUCCUGAUUGGGCUGUUUCGUCUCCGUGGUGAGCAAGCCUGGAAGGGAAAUGAAGCUUUGCAAAAGCUCACCAAAAGCUUGGUUCACUGCUUUUGUCAACACUGUGAGGUGGCCAUUGAAGCUGCGAUGCAGAAGAAGUGUCCUGACCCGACAGUUUCGAGUCGGAAUCACCCAUUCCUCAUGUCGUCGAGAAGGAAGGGGUCAAAGGCAUUGUCUUUGGCUUUGGUCUCUCGAUUCUGUUGUCGUGGUGGUGGAUUUGUAUCAUCCAAGUCUGAGUUGACUCUACAAGACUUGAACAUCGUGCCCAAGAACAGCAGCCUGAGUUCCAAGACUAUGUCUGAGUUUGUGUGCCGUGCAUUGCUAACAACUUGCAAUUUCUGCUCGCAGUACAUUGAGUCGGCCAGACUGAAAGUGAUCAAUCUGGCAAUGGAUGGUGCCAGUGUUGGUGGUGAAUCUGUGUUAGCUGUGAUCCUGCGCUUGAAUGGGCAUCAUUUGGCUGCCCCCACACAAUUGCUACCUGCCGGUUCUGACCCUGGACAGACUGAGCCAGCGUUGGCAACCUUCACUGAGGCCAUGAAGGUAGCUGGAACAACUCCUGAGGGUCAGGUGGUCAAGAUCCCCAAGACGUUGUUUGACUGGAAAGAAUAUCGCCAAGCCACAAAGGCUUAUUUGGCUGCUCUCGCAAACAGCCUUCGAAACAUGCUUCCUACGGGAUGGAAUCUUUCCAAGUGCAUUCCACAGAACAUUUUGACCCCCUGUGGACGUGGUUCUGACCGCCUUCCCAUGAUUGCUUUUGAGAAGGAGAUGUUUCGGUGUGAUGAUGACAUGGAAUUAUUCUUCAACUAUGACUGGAACACCUUCACAGCCCAGCCGCAGUUCUAUUUGGACGAGUCCUUCCACAGACUGAUCUAUAGUGCUGAUGAGGGUACAGAAGAAGCUAGCCAGUAUAAUUAUUAUGGCUUUCUCGCAUUUUUACAUCUUGCGAACAGCCAUGCAUAUUGCCUGAUUUGGCCGGACGUAUUUCAUAGAGUGUCUCGGCGAGUUGCUGCAGCACUGGGUCACCAUUCGUGUCUGGAAAUCAAGGGUUUGCUCAAGAAAGCAAUGAAACUAUUCAGAUUUGGCCGGGCUCCCUUCAACACUGGCCGAUUUGGACAAAAAAUCAUGGAAUCCAGGCAAGAGCUCUUGGCUGCUCUCAAGGAUGGCCGUGCAGAUGAGCUCAUGGAGAUGUGGAUUUCUGGGGUUGCCCGAGAUCGAGGAGCCAACGUAUUGGCAGAUGACAGCAAUCAGAACAAGUUGCGGUCUGUCAUCAUUGUGAUGAAGCCACUUCGUGAGUACUUGGGACGGACUGAUGCAGAGAUGCAGCGAAAGCCCAACGCGUCUGUCUCACAGGUGGUUUAUUUGGCAAGUGGCCGCACUGUUCAGAAGCUUUUGUCGACCACAAUCUCCGAAUCAGUGAGGCUCAAAAACCUUGAGUACAUUGGCGCUCUUGAGACAGAUGAGGAGGGUCAGGAUUUGCUUCGCCUACAUUCACAUUUGUUGCUCUCCACUUUGUCAGCCACAUGCGACCUGGAUGCCACCCACCGAGCACUUCCCUGGCGCACAGCUUGUGCUCUUGACAGGAGUCAGCUUUCAUCAUUGCUAGAGUUCAUGCAAAACGAGUGGACCUUUGUCAAGACUGUCAUUGACCCAUUGGACUCAAAGGAUGUGUUGUGGAAGGUAUUUUCCCACACUAGAUGGCAAAUCUACAGAGAUGUUCUCACGAAAGCAGAGCAUUUUGGAUUUGAUGCAUCCAAAGUGGCAGCAGGACACACGAGUACAAGACCGUUUCUGGACUCUGUGCGUGUUGCCCUGGGGCUAUCCUCCAAAGAUGAGAAGAGUUCUGACAGCCUGCUCAGUAGCCUGCACUGCGAACUCCUGUUCAACGACAUGCGCGACGCCUGCAGAAGACACCGAAAGGCUGAGUGCCAAGCUGCUGGAAACUUUCACUCCAUUGCCAUGAAGUCAGUGGCAACUCGUGCAAGUGGGUGCUCAACUGUGACAGUGGCAGAUUCUGAUUGGGCCCAGGCCAUACCCAAGAAGCAGGUACAAUCUCAGGUACAUUCAGCCCUCAGACUAUCAGACAGGACACUCGGCAUACCGACAGCAGGUCUGACAAAGUGCAAGGCUCCGUUGUUGACGAAACCUCACAUCCUUUGCCAGCGGCUUCAGCUCUUGAAGAUUUUGCAGCGAACCUUCCAGAAUACGAUGGCUCAACCGAGGAGAAAAAGGAGGCUGCGCUGGCUGUCUAUCAUGAUCUCUGGGUGA